CUGAAGCCUGGGCACGCCAGGCUGUCCAUCCAGGCCAUCGUUCCCCUGAUCACAGCCACCUCCCAGAGCACACUGGAGAUGCUGAGGGCAAUCUGGGUCUGGCUCUGCCACAACAUUGAAUAUGAUGUGGAUGGCUUCUUAGGGCUGUCUCAGAAGAUCCACAUGCCAGAGCAGGUCCUGCAAACGGGGAGAGCUGUGUGUUCUGGCUAUGCCCAUUUAUGCCAGGAAAUGUGCAGGGAAGCGGGGUUGACCUGUGUGGAGGUCCCAGGGCUUGGCCGGAGCCCAGGCUCCCGUGGAGGCCGGUGGUGCCAGCAGCAGAAGAGCAGCCACAUGUGGAACGCGGUGGAGCUGGAAGGACAGUGGUACCUCCUGGAUGCUUGCUGGGGUGCAGGGACUGUGGAUGCAGAGAACAGGUUGUUCAUGCCCAGGCAUGAUGAUUUUUUCUUCCUUACUGACCCUGAGCACUUCAUUGAGUCCCACUGGCCAGAAGACCCCCAGUGGCAACUUCUCCAGCCCCCAGUCUCACGGGAAGACUUUGAGCAGAGGAUCUAG